GUCACACUUUUUGAACAGCUGAUGGGUGCUCUGUCUCAGGUUCGCGAAAAAAAUCGCAGCGUUCUUUGAUAAGAUAACAGAAAAUCCUCGAAACACCCAACAAAUCGAAGAGAUUAACCGAAAAAAGCUAAUGGCGGAAGGCGGUCGAACCUCGCCCAGUCGAGAAAUGUGAUUGGGCCGCUGAAGCAGGCAGCAUCAGCAGGAUUGCAUAGUUAUCCGGUUGGAGCAGCACCCCCGCAGAAAAAUGGACGACAGCGAACUGAUUUGGCACGAGAUCGGAGUGGAUCCGCAGCAUGUGUGCCGGGCGGGCGGCGAGGGGCGUUUCCAAGUGAUCUGCGACAAGGCCUGGCUGCAAUCGCUAGAGCGGAACAGGCGGCUCACCCACUUUCCCAGCUGGCCACUGUUGGAUCGCAGAGCCUAUCCCACGGGACAGCUGGAGCAUCCGUGGACCCGGAUUCUGGUGCAGACGUACCGCAAACAGCCGCAGUCGAGGGUCUACCCGCUGCCCAGGAUCUCCGCUGAGGCGUCUGCGUCGGCGGACUUGCCACUCUCCUAUUCGCAGGCCGUGUCCUUUGUGGCCCACAGCAACUUUAAGCAGCUGUGGGAGGAGGCCUACAGGAAGUACAAUGGCGCCCAUGUCAAGCUCUGCAAAUCUACGCCCACGGCAUCCGCGGCCAAGCCACCCAGUGGCCAGGGGCAGGGACAACUGCAAGCUCAUGAUGUGGUGCUCAAGGAGCUCAUCCAACGCGUCUACCAAUGCCCCGUGCUGCACUCUCAGUUGGAUCGCGAGGGAAAUGGUGACCCAACCACCACUACCACGUCGAAUUCCCAAGGCAACUGUCACGCCAACGUCUUGCCCGCCCUGGUGGCCAUCGAGUCCUCGACACACUUCAGUGUCUUCUUUUAUCCACCGGCUCUGGAAUGCAACCUUUACGAUUGCAUCACCUUCAGUCCGGCACUGUUGGGAAAGAACUACAAUAAGACACUGUUUGUGAUCUACCAGAUCCUCCAGCUGGCCAAGCAUCUCCAAGGACAGGGCAUCUUUCUGGGCGAUCUGCGUCUGCAGCAUAUCGUGCUGCGCGAGAAUCUCUGGCUGCAAGUGUUACCCCGGCUGCAGUGCAAUCUGCUGGAGGAUGAUCCAGCCGGCGAGGAUAUGUCGCCACUGACGCCCAUGGCCAGCGAGGAUUUGGGAGAGACGGGGGAUGCGCAGCAGCAGCCACGGCCCUCCAGCAGCACCAUGUUCGACCUGCGAUUCGCCUACGAUCCCGCACACUUCAAUCUGCGCGAGUAUGCCGAGAUGUGGUGUAAUGGUCAGUUGUCCAACUUCGACUACCUCACCAUCCUGAACAAUGCGUGUGGCAGGAGUCUGACCAAUGCCGCCCACCACCACAUCAUGCCCUGGGUGACCGACUUCAAUGGACGCGGAGGAGCCAAUUGGCGAGACUUGACCAAGAGCAAGUAUCGCCUGAACAAGGGAGAUGUGCAUCUGGAUCUCAUGUACGCCCAUGCAAGUCAGCAUGGAAGCGGAGACGGCGGCUACCAACCUGUUGGCGAUCAGGCGCCCCACCACGUCUCCGACUUUCUCUCCGAGAUCACCUACUUUGUGUACAUGGCAAGGAGAACGCCCCAGGCCAUUCUCUGCGCCCACGUGCGUCCCAUCUGGGUGCCGGCCGAGUAUCCGGUGUCCAUUCAGCGUCUACAGGAGUGGACGCCAGACGAGUGCAUACCCGAGUUCUACUCAGAUCCCAUGAUCUUCAAGAGCAUCCACGAAGAUCUGCCGGAUCUGGAGCUGCCCGCCUGGGCCACCUGUCCCGAAGACUUUAUCUGCAAGCACCGCGAGGCUUUGGAGUCCCAGUACGUCAGCGAACGACUGCAUCACUGGAUUGAUCUCAACUUCGGAUACAAACUAAGUGGCAAGGCGGCGGUUAAGUCCAAGAAUGUCUGCCUCACGCUGGUGGAUCAGCACAGGAAUCUCAGCCAGCGCGGCAUCGUCCAGCUGUUUGCCAACGCCCAUCCUCCGCGCCGCUAUGCCACGCCCUGGUUUAGCAAAACCGCCCCCAGGCUAAGCCAACUGUAUGCCAGUCCCUCGAAGCGUCUGGCCAAAAGUACGGAGAACCUGCAGGCCGAGACUGCAACUGGAUCGUCCCAUCUCUCGCUGCGUCUGGGCGACGAUGGAUCCAGCAGCUCUGUGCACAGCAGUUCGGCCUCCGCUUCGGCUUCUAAUUUCUAUGCGAUUACAAACUUUAUUGAACUGCCGGAGAACUACAAUCCCGCGCUGCUGCUUCAGAAUCUGGAGACUCUGGAGGCGUUCUAUGCGCGCACCUUCCCCCAGCAACGACCGACGGCUAAUCCUGAAGAGAAAAUGAUCAGCAGUGAUCUUCUAUUCGAACAGAACUCGGCGGAUCACUCUUUUACAAAUCAGUUGUUCGCCAGUGGCGGAGAAAUCACCACAAAAUCAAAGAAUCUGCUGAGGGAGAAACGGAAUUCACUGCAGCAACUUGUGAGUGGCAGGAGGGAGCGUGAUCUGCAAGUCCUAGGAUGCCUCAUGGUGGAGCUCUUCGCCAUGCCACGUUUGCGUCCGCUUCUGAUGGGAAAUGGUUUGAGUGCCGCCUUCGAAGCUCGCCUCUCCGCCUGUCGAACGGUGGCCCAGAUGCAUCGCCAGGAGUUACCCAAACCAGUGCGUCGAGUGGUGCGUCUGCUGCUGCAACUGGAGGAUGCCGGAGAGGAGGAUCAAGGGCUGCCACAACCGACCAGUCCGGCUCAGCUGGUGGAGCCCAUGUUCGCCAACUUGUUGCUCCCGUUUCCCAGCCACUACAUGGCCGUGUAUGCUCUAGUGAGAUCUCUGCACGCCUUCGAGGCCAAUGCAGUGCUGCUGGAGCUGCACACCCACUUCAGUUGCAAGGGCGGAAGGGAGUGCACCAGGUACACGGAGAUGGACCGCCAAAGAGUGCUAUUCGAACGGAAAAUCGCCGAGUGUAAGGUCAUGUCGUGCUGUGCCCAUGCGAAGAGGCUUCUCGAACCUGUGGCCUUUGCCUACGAGCAGUUUACGCCAGUGGAGUUGCUGCUGCCCCACAUCAUCGAUCUGUUGCGGGACGAACGUACAUCGAUCUUGACCGCCUGGAACUUGUUCGAUCCCAUAGCGCAGGCUUUGGGCGUGGCCCAAACCCAACAGCAUCUGCUGCAACCUCUGCUGAAGCUGUACGACGUUGAGGGGAUCACUUCUCCGGAGGAUGGUGGUGGCUCCAAUGGCUCCAGCAACAGUGGUGGCCAUCUACGCUUCUCCGCCAGCAGUUCGUUCAAGUCGAGGAAGUCAGUGAAGCUGUAUCACCACAGUUUCCUGCUCCGUUUGAUCGUUCGCUUCGGACUGCGGUGCUUUCUGCAUCACUUUAUAGCACCGCUCAUAGAAGCCGUUGGUGGCUACAAGGAACCGGAACAGGGCAAUGGCUAUCACUACCACAGUGGCGGCAGCAGAAGGACGAGUAAGAACCUUAACUUUGCCGCCGCCGAGGAGGAAGUGCAGCACGUAAGUGAACCAGAAGCGCAGAAGCCCGACAUCGAAGAGCUAUUCACCUUCGAGGAUGAUCAUGACAGGGCGUCCAUCCAGGACAGCAAGUCCAUCGACUCCUUCGACAUGCGUCCCAGCACCAGUGCCGCCAGUGCGGAGGAGGCUCGCGAGUCGGACGGAUCGCCGGAUAAACUGGUGAUCAAUGAGCUCAUCUACGGAGCCAGAAUAUCGCCGGAUAAGCUCUCCCUAAGGGAGGGUCAAACGCCACCUGCUCUGGUCCCACCUCCACUGGGACCACGCUCGCCCACCAUCGAGAUACCAGUGUGUCCCACUGCCGGUGGCAUUCGUCGCAGUUUCCAGCUAAGCGCCAUCGAUUGUGACAUCGGUUCGCGCAAGAGCGUGGACAGCUUUGAGCUGAUCAGUCAGGCGGUGGAGCAACUGCCUCCGCCUGCCGUCGACAGCGAAGCGGAGGCCACGGACUCCCUACAGGCAUCCGUAAUCUCUCGGCUGUCGGAGGCCAAGGCCGUGCAGAACAACCGCAUCAGCGAGAUGAGCGCCGAGAGUCUGGUGUGGCUGUCACAUCGCCUGGGUCCGGUGCUCACCUCUCGCUUCAUCACCAGGAAUCUUCUCAAGCUGCUCUCGCUGUGCUACGUGGGCCAGGAGAACCUGCUUCCGGAGAUGGACGAUGGUGGCUUUAGUGGCAGCCCCGAGGCGGCCAACCUCAACUACUUCAGCAUUGCCAAUGCGAGGGUCGUCGGGGAUCGCAGUGCGGCUAGAGUUCUGGAGUGCCUCAUGUCCAUAGCGGCUCUCUAUGGUGAAAACUUCCUGCUGCUGCAGUACUUUCCGCACAUCAGCGAACUGAUUGGACUGUGCUCCAAACGCAUAACUGGCAGCCUGGAGGGAGCCAUCAUCAGUUCGCUGCAGCUGCUCAAGUACAUGGUUCCGUGUCUGACCGAUGCCAGCAUUAUGGAGCAUCUGCAGCACAUCCUGCUGGAGGCCAUUCUUCUGCCCAUACUGCGUCUGUUGAGCUCCACCAAUCUGCUGAUGCCAAGUGGUUACCUGGGACGCUCGUUGCUGGCACGAAAGUUUAUCGACGCGAUUUAUGCUCUAAGUGUACGCCUGGGAUCGGACAUGACCCGCGAGCAUCUCUGCCAGUCGCUGCUCAGUCCGUUCUUCCUGAUCUUCAACAAGGCGUUUGGUCUGCCAAAUGAUUUUGCCUGCGAUCUGGCCAAUCUUUCGCUGGUUGGCGGUGCCUCGCAACAGGAACGUGCCCUGGCUGAGUUGAGGGAUGUCUUUGGACCGGAGCUGGCGCACACGGCCUAUCUAUGUUUCCUUCGUUUCCUGGGCGAGGCCAACAUGAAGCGGACUCUGUCUAAUCUGGAAUUCGUACUGACACUGUGCCACGAACACGAGCAACCCAGUGGUCAUGAGCCGAGCAAAACCCAACUGGCGACCAGUGUGAGUUCAGGACAAGAUGUGGACACUGUAGAUGCCAGCUGCCAACUGGCGGCAAAUAGCUUUGGCACCCAGAUCGUUGGAAAUCGCCUGCAGGUGGCCAGGAACAAUGUGGAACUGAUCGACAUGGUGGCCUACAAGCUGGACCAGAUGCCCAACACUCGGCAUCUGAAGGGCAACUGGUUGGCCUACUGGCGCAACGAGACGACGCGCAGUGAGAAGGACAACCAGACGCUCAAUCUCAAGCAGAUACGGCUGCAGUCCUUUGUGGGACACACCAACUCGGUGAGGGCCAUCUAUGCCCUGGAUAAUGAGAACAGCUUCAUUUCCGCCUCCAAAGACAAAACCGUCAAGUUGUGGUCACUGCGCAGCGAGGGAGAUGGCCGUAAGACCAGCGCCUGUCAGUUCACCUACACGGCGCACAAGAAGUCCAUUAAUUCGCUGGGCUUCCUGGAAUCCUUGCGCUAUGUGGUGUCCUGUGACUCGGGCAUUCAUCUGUGGGAUCCAUUCAUUGGCAGACCUCUGGGCAUCCUCGAUGCUCCUCGUCACAGUGCCGUCACGGUGGUCAAGUGCCUGCCGUCGCAUUCGCCGCUGGUAAUAGCCGGCACAGCGGAGUCCACGGUGAAGAUGGUCGAUGCCAGGAGUUUGGAGUACGUGAACGAGUGGCGGGUAUGCAAUGCGGCCCUGCCCAAUGCCACAGUUCGUUGCCUGGCGGUGGCUCCGUCUGGGAAUUGGCUGGCCGCAGGACUCUCAUCCGGCGGCAUCGUUCAGCUGGACACGCGCACUGGGAUGGUGAUCAACUCGUGGCGACCCAUGGAAUGUGAUUUGCUGCAGUUGACGGCGCCGAGUGAUCAGUUCCUGGUGAGCUCCGCUUUGGAUCACAGCCUGGCCGUUUGGCAUGCCCUCGAUGGCAUCAUGCACUAUCAACUUAAACCUCCUCCGGAACCCGCCCAUUUCCUGCAGAGUGUUGGCUCCUCUUUGGUCUAUGCCACCACUGGCAACCGUGUCGGCGUCUAUGCGGAUGUGGCCCAUUGCCACGCCUUCAACACGAUCACCAAGCUGCGGUCCGAGACAUUCCGGGGUGUGCUCACCUCCCUGGCCGUUUUGCCCCUAAAUCGAGCCUUUCUCGCAGGCAACGAGAGCGGCAACAUUGCCCUGCUUUGCUAGAAUAGGGGGGCUAUUGCUUGUACCAUAAUAUGAUAUUAUAAUCUAGUUUAUUUUAUAUCAAAUUGCACCAAAUAUUACUUUAAUGAAGCCAACACAGAGACCUACUGCCUGACCAAAUGAACCUAUUUAUUGAGUUAGAGCGCUUGCAACACAACAUUUGAAUUUACGACCGCACAAUUAACCACUUUUAGCAACGUUCUUCAACCAUUAAGAAUUUAGUUCUUUUACUCGAAGCUAUAAUUACACCAUGUAAGCAUUCCACAUCCACACUUUGUGUAUAGUUAUAUUUAUGUCUGUACAAAAGAAGACAAAAUUGUAUUUACAAAAUAUCACUUAAGCUGGAAAGAGGUCAAAUAUUUAUAUAGAAAUAUACGAACGCAAUACAAAAAUAA